AUGACUGCGUCGACGGAAAAGAAAGCCUUCGGCACCCCAAUCACGGAGAUGGCCAGCCGCCAUGAAGGUGUCAUCCAGCACGUCCACCUCGGCUAUGAGCAGCAGCUGAAACAAAACCGCUCCCUCCUCACGGUCCUCGGCAUGGCGCUGGCCAUUGCCGCCGUGCCGUACGGCUUCGGCGGUCCGCUCAUCAGCGCCAUCUACGGCGGCGGCCAGCUCUCCAUGUUCGUCGGGCUGCUCGUGGUCGUCUGCCUCGACUUCUGCGUGGCCAUCUCGCUCGCCGAGCUCGCCUCCCGCUACCCGACCUCCUCCGGCGUGUACUACUGGUCGUACCGCCUGGCGGGCGCCUCGCCGUCCCGCAAGGCCCUGUCGUACAUCACCGGCUGGUUCUGGCUCAUCGGGAACUGGACCAUCACGCUCUCGGUCAACUUCGGAUUCGCGUCGCUGAUCGUCGCCACCGUCUCCAUCUACAAGCCCGACUGGACCGCCUCCGAUUGGGAGCUGCUGCUCAUCUUCUACGCCAUCUGCGUCCUGACUUUUGUCAUUUGCGGCGCCGGCGACAAGUUCCUGCCGUACGUCGACGCCGUCGCGGCCGUCUGGAACCUCGUCACCAUCAUCGCCAUCCUCAUCGCGCUGGCCAGCACGGCCAAGAGCGGCCGGCAUUCGGCCUCUUACACGCUCGGGCACUACGAUAGCAGCCUUUCUGGCUGGGGCAGCGGUUUCACAUUCUUCAUUGGCUUGCUGCCGCCGGCCUAUGCGCUCUGUGCCAUCGGCAUGAUUACAUCCAUGUCCGAGGAGUGCGCUGAGCCCGAAGUCGAGGUCCCCAGGGCGCUCAUGCUGGUAGUACCGGUUGGUGGAUUGGCUGCGCUAUUCUUCAUAUUGCCGCUGUGUGCCACGCUGCCACCACUGGAGGACGUCCUCAACGCACCCUACGGCCAGGUCCUACCGUACAUCCUCAUAACCGUCAUGGGGUCCCAAGCCGGGGCCCUCGUCGUCAUGAUCAUGGUGCUUCUCGUCACCCUCUUCUGCUCCAUCAGCAUCACCACCGCGGCCGCGCGCUGCACAUGGGCCUUCUCCCGCGACCAGGGCAUCCCCCUCUCCAGCGUGUGGUCGCGAACCACGGCCGACCGCCCGCUCCUCGCCCUCGCCCUCCUGACCGUCAUCCAGAUGCUGCUCGGCCUGAUCGACCUGGGCAGCAGCAGCGCGUUUACGGCGUUCGCGUCCGUUGGUGUCAUUGGGCUCUCGGCCGGCUAUGUCGUGCCCAUCGCCAUCAGUUUGCUGUCCGGGCGCAAGGAGGUCGCCAAGGCUCGGUGGACCGUCGGCCCCGUGCUCGGCACGUUCGCCAACGUGGUCUCGGUCGCCUGGAUCCUGUUCGAGCUCGUCCUCUUCAGCAUGCCGCAGGCUCUGCCUGUCACACUCGUCACUAUGAAUUAUGCGUCCGUCGUUUUUGUGGGGUUUGCGGCCGUCAGCGGCGUCUGGUACUUUGUGUCUGCCAGGAAACAUUUCAAGGGCCCCCCGGAAGAAGAGUUGGAAUAG